UCCAACCAGGUGGAGACCGCGUGGGGAGAAGGGAGGUGGAUCCACGCCGGGAGUGGCAACGGAGAGACAGAUCCAACAGAGAGCAGGAUUCAUACAGGAUGGGGGAUCCCAGAGGUUUCAGAACUGAAGAAGCAUCUGGCAAGAGAAGGGCCAUGGAGCCAACAGCCUCCGAGCGUGAGAAUUACCAACAAAGCCAGCGCUCGAGGUAUGACCAAAGCCACAACCCCUACCCCUCGGUGCUAGACCGUCUAGGACCUAAAUCUGCUGAUCAGGCUUCGAUAGGGAAAAUGGAUUCCACCAACGACAGGGCAGGAGCUGAUGCAGGGAAGGAUGCUGUCAAUGGAGUGUGCUUCUGGUGUCGCAAAGAAGGGCAUCAUCAAGCCACAUGUACCAACCCGCCCUUCUGCUUCAGAUGCAAAAAGGAUGGUCACAUCUCUGCCAAAUGCCCAAGCAAUCAAGGCUGUUCUCUGAACAUGUAUGGUUUUGGCUUCCCAAACCAGGGGUUCUACUGUCUGAAGAUUCCGGGUGCGGCCAAACAAAUGUCUACUGAAAAUGUGGGGCUGAUUCAGAUCAGGAGUGGAGAGGCAAGUACUAAGAGGCUGGAGGACGAACUGAAGAAUCUCAUUGACAAAAACUGGGCAUGGAAAGUGAGAAAGCUUACUGACAGAGAGUAUUUGGCUACCUUCCCAAACAAAAUGCUGCUUGACACCUUCUCUAGAUCCAAAAGUUUGGAUCUCGCCUUAUACAGCAUCUCUGUCACCAUAUCUCACUCGCCUAUGGACCCAAGAGCGACCUCUGCCUUACAAACCGGCUGGGUGCAGUUAUUCAAUGUUCCUGAUCAAGCUCUAAACACUGAGGCAGUAACACUGAUUGCAGAGCUAGCAGGAGAGGUGGUGGCGGUUGACGAACUGUCGAUAAUCAAGGAGGGACCAGUGAGAGUCAGACUGCGUGCGCGAGAUGUGUCCAAACUUAAAGGCUUCGUGGAAAUCUUUGUCGAUGGGGUGGGAUAUGAAGUAAAGUUCAUACCAGAAUUGAAACAAAGACCAACAGCUCCCCCACCUCCAACACAAGGAAAACCCAAUGAUGAUGAAGACAUGGAAGACGACGAUGCGGACGAUCUCUCGGACUAUGAGGGGGAGAUACGUCGCAGACUGCAGGAACCUAUAGGUGCCAAACACUCCAGUGGCUCGAAAUCUGGGAGGCCAGCAAGCAACAACCAAGUAAAAUUAGUGGGAGGAAAAGUGCAGGAGGAGGGUCCACAAUCUGGUGAGAAGCUAGGAGGGGGGGAGGUGCUAGAAAUUCACCCACUAGCUAUCUACGACCCCAAAUCCGACGCCUUUAAGAACUUAAAUGCGGAUAAGGAGCUGUUUUCGCAAGAGUCUAACCAAUCUAGUGUGGAACUUGACAAUGAAGUGAGAGAGAUCAUUCCUCAAAACCACUUCUUGGUUCACACGGAAAAUGGGGGGCACAUGAUACUACCACAAGAAAAAUGGCCAAUACCGAAACUGAGUCAGCAAACAAUUUCAAUGGAAAGCCAGGGAGCUGCUAUUGAUUCAGAUCAUAUUCAGGAUUCCCAAGAGUCUCUAGGGGGGGGAGAAGUAAUGGAAUACUCACUCACAAUGGAAGAAGACCUAGUGAGGUUGAAGCAGGAUAAUCAGGAAGGGUGGGAGGUUUACUCAGCCAAGAAAAGUAAAUGCAAGACCAGGAAGCUACCUGCGGUUGCAACAAGGAAAAGCGCGAGGGUCCCUUCAACCUGCUCGGGUGGGGGUGGUUUCACUGCUAUUUCAGAGAUGGAAGCCACUGAUGCGGGAUGGUGAACAGUACAAGCUAAGCAAAUGGGGCGAGCAGGUGACGCAGUGGAUAGAGAUGUUCCAGGAGCAAUUACAGAGGAGACUGCCGGCUGACGACUUCAUGUGAUGUUUUGCGCUCUUUUCUGUCGCUUUUUGUCUCUAGGGGAGGAGAGCUCCAAUCUGGUGUUUAAUCUUAGCUUAGUGUGUGUUCUCAGUUUCACCUAGCUCCCAGUCAGAGGGUGUUUUUUUGGCGCUAUCUUUGGCUAAACUGGUAUCCCCAGUAUGCUCGUGUCCUGUACCUGAUACCUUUUAUAUGCUUUCUAUAAAAGCUGGAACGUAUUCUGC